CGGGGUGCAUGCGCUCGUUCGUCACGUGUGCAUCUGCCUAUGAGAUUAUGCAACCUAUGGGGUUCAGGUGAUCGUGUCUGGCAGAACCUGUUCUACAUGAUUGUGGACGUUUAAAAGUUGCAGGGUGAAGUGAUCAUAAACAGCUCGUCAUGCCAGUACCUUGCACUUUCUCGUGUAGCCGAAAUGCAGCUCUGAAGAGGCCCAAAACUGGGGCAGCCAUCUGCAAGGAAUGCUUUUUUCGAGCCUUCGAAGACGAAGUGCACAAGACGAUCACCGAUGCAAAAUUGUUUGAACGAGGAGAUUUCGUGGCGAUUGCAGCUUCAGGGGGGAAAGAUUCAACUGUCCUUGCAUCUGUCUUGCGCACGCUGAACGAGAGGCACAAUUAUGGACUCAAGCUUGUAUUGCUCUCAAUUGAUGAAGGAAUCACAGGGUACCGAGAUGACUCUUUGGAGACAGUGAAGAGGAACAGGGAUCAGUAUGGAAUUCCUCUCAAAAUCCUAUCAUAUGAGGAAUUGUAUGGGUGGACCAUGGACAGUAUCGUUCAGCAGGUGGGCAGAAAAAAUAAUUGUACUUUCUGCGGAGUGUUUCGUCGCCAAGCAUUGGACAGAGGAGCUGGGUUGCUUGGAGUCGACAAGAUUGCAACCGGUCACAAUGCAGAUGACAUGGCUGAGACAGUUGUCAUGAACAUCCUUCGAGGAGACAUUGCCAGACUGCAGAGAUGCACUGCCAUCACCACAGGUUCAGAGGGGAUGAUAUCCCGUGUGAAGCCAUUCAAGUAUGCAUAUGAAAAAGAAAUAGUCUUAUAUGCAUACCACAAGCGACUUGAUUAUUUCUCAACUGAGUGUAUUUAUUCACCCAAUGCCUAUAGAGGCCAUGCUAGGGCCUACAUCAAGGACUUGGAACGUAUCAGGCCCUCUGCAAUUGUUGCCAUCAUACAUGCAGGUGAACAAUUGUCAGCAGAGGAGAAUGUCAAGUUGCCAAGUCAGCGUUUAUGCUCUCGAUGUAAGUACAUCUCGAGCCAAGAACUUUGCAAAGCGUGUGUGUUACUGGAAGGACUGAACAAAGGACUCCCUAAGCUUGGAAUUGGCAAGAGCAGCAAAGCCAAGAGAGUCCUUCCAAGCUUGCUUCAAGCCUCCCCAAUGUCUAAUGAAAGCCUCAUGUGAAUUUGUGAUCUCAUUGACAUAAUAAUGUUACACUUUUCCCAUGCC